AUGCCCUAUGACGAUCGUUAUCGCCAGACCUCGGUCGCUGCUUGCAUGCAAGAAUGUGAUAUGCUGCUGGAGAAUCUCCGCGUUCUCAAGUACGAGAAGCUCAGCAUCGAGAAGCUUCUGAUGGAUGCAGUGGGAAGAGUGCGAGCGAGUCUCCUGACGGCGGAUCAAAGGAGCGUGCUCGAGCAGCAACUCCAUCAGAUUCCCCAGGAUCGUCCAGCUGAAGUAGCGAGCGCGGCGUUGGAGUUCCUCACGAGGUGCCUGUCGCAAGAAUCUAUCGACAAGCAUCACUACAUGUCGCAGGUCUACCAGCAGAGCAAGGUGGUGGACGAGCACGAGAGGAGGAUCGAGACGCUGCAGAGCCAGCUCAACUCACUGCAGGCGCCUCCUGCCAAGAAUUCCUCCCUCGACAAGAGGCUCCACGAGCUGACCACUCAGAACACGUCCUACCGCGUGGAGCAAGAAAGAUUCGCGGGGGAGCGGAAGACUCUGGAGGAAGAGAUCAAAAAGCUGCAGAACCUCCUCGAGGACCAGCACUCACAUGUCAGCGUCCUCAAAGAUGAGCUCUCCAAGCAGUACGCCAACAACAUCCGCAUGAAGGCCAACAUGACAAAAGACAGCUCUACGCGAUCAGAGCUGCACAUCAGUGAUGGCCUGCCGCGGGGCGACAAGCUCCCGUCACACUUUCAACCGGCAGAGGACACGCACUCGCCCUCGCCUGACGCUUCUCCUCCCUCCUCGAGCGACAGCCUCACCGACGUUGACAAGCACAGGAUGGGACGAGGUGCCAUCGCUCCUCGUCCUGCUCGCAAGAACGUUGACCACCGUGAGGUUAGCUCCAAGUCCACUGGUAGCUGGGGGAGAAAGAGCGACAAGACGAGAAUGCGAGGAGAGAGUCUGACCGAGUUCAAGAAUGAACGGGAGGAGAAAGUCGAUGCUCGAUCGCUGCUCAAGCGCUUCAUCGCUGACUCAGCCAAGUGA